AUGGCAAAUCAAAACUACAAACAAAUAUUCUCCUUCUUCCUGUUAUUUUCACUACUACUCUCUGAUAAAGUUUCAUCGGUCCAAAAACCACUCGACCUGAAAAAACCAUGUAAGAAUUUCGUCUUAUACCACCACAACGUUGCCUACGAUACCGAUAACGCGGCUAAUGCCACGUCAUCAACAGUCGUAAACCCUUUAGGACUAGGGACCUUCGAUUUCGGAAAGAUUGUAAUCUUCGACAACCCUGUCACAACGGACCGGAACUACCUCUCGACACCAGUGGCUCGUGCCCAAGGCUUCUUCUUUUACAACAAGAAGUCAAAUUACAACACGUGGGUCGCUUGCACAUUGGUGUUUAACUCCACGCAGCACAAAGGAACGUUCACCAUAAUGGAUGCGAAUCCGAUGACGCAGCCGACCAGAGACCUAUCGAUCAUUGGUGGGACUGGUGACUUCCUCAUGACUCGUGGGGUUUGUACGUUCUCGACUGAUCUCAUUCAAGGCCAAAAUGAUAACGCGGCUAAUGCCACGUCCGCAACAGUCGUAAACCCUUCAGGACUGGGAAAAUUCAAUUUCGGUAAUGUUGUAAUCUUUGACAACCCUGUGACGAUGGACCAAAACUACCUCGAAACCGGUGGCUCGUGCCCAAGGCUUCUUCUUUUACAACAAGAAGACGGAUUACAACAUUUGGAUGGCUUGCACAUUGGUAUUCAAUUCGACAGAGCACAAAGGAACAUUGACCAUGAUGGAUGCGAAUCCGAUCAUGGAGCCAACUAG